AUUUGAUCCCACCCAUUCUAUCAUUUCUUCAACAUUUUCACAAACAUAAUUAAUUAAGAGAUAAGAAACAUAGAAAAAAAUGGCAGCAAUUUAUUUGGCAAAGAAAGCCUGCAUCAAUAUUUCAAGAGCUUCUUCAACUUAUUUUGAUUCUGCCAUCAGAUUUUCUAAGCCAUGCUUUUCUACUGCUUUUCAACAUGCUCAGGGUAGCAAUUUUCAGGGUAGCAAUGCAGUAUCAGAAACACGCAAAAAGCAACAAGUUGCCGUCAUCGACAACGACGACGAAAACUCUACAACACAGUUUGUAGCUGAUAGGGCAAUAGAAGGGGUUAGAACAGCUACAGAAAUUGCAGACGCUGUUGGAGAUACAGCUAAAAAGGCAAUGGAUGGUGUUUGGCAAGCGGGAAAGGAAGCGAACCGGAAGGUUAGAGAGACGGUUAACGGUAACAAUAACGAGGAGGACGCGGUUGUUGAUGAGAUGCACAAGUUUGAAGGGCCUGUUGAUACUGUAGAAUAUAGAAAUGUGGAAACGAAUGUUAAUGAGGUAUUGAAGAAAGCUAGUUGAAUGAUGAUAUUGGAUGUUCAAUUUUUUUUACUUGCUGAAGAAGUUAGGUUUAAUAUUCUAUUAAACCUAUGUGGUCUGUCGCUGUGGUUUAAUUAAUGAUAUCUUUCCGAUUCAAAAUUUCUUAUCAAAAUGUUAAGUUGGAGAAAAAUAAAUAAAUAUAAAUCUUUCCGAUUGUAA